CAACAACGUUGUGAAUUUAUCUCAAUGAUUUAUUUUUAUCGAUAAUAUCAAGGAAAGGAAAAGAAAAUAGUGUAUCAAAAAUUUUUGUGAUUGAAAUGGAACAUUUGAGGAAAGCACUAAUGCAACAAAAAAGUUCAGAUUCGACUGGGCACCGGAUAAUCAAGUUCUCGAGUGCAUAAUAAUUUGGAGACAUCAACGACUGGUCCUUAUUUCGUAUUCUUGACCGUUCGUUCGUGUUUUGCGCAACAAUAAGUUGGACAAAUGAUUAUUACGUGAUUCGUAAGAAAAUGGAAACAGUACAGUAAACCAGUUCAAUAGAAAUGUGUGACGAUAUAAAGUAGUAGGUACUUACUUACCUACCGUGACAAGUUCAAACUGCUCUUUGCUUAUCCAAACUGUAACAAAUUAAACUAGUACCUCCUUAUCGUUAGAAUGAUCUUCUUAUAGGUUGCUGAUGAUCGUAGUAGAAACACGAGCAAACCACGAAUCAAGUGAGGAAUAUCUUCAAAAAGUGAUGUUUCAGCUUCAAGAGUUUAAUGUCCCUUCCUCGAUCAACAUUUAUGAUCGUUUAUCGUGGAGAAAUAAUUAUAAGAAUAUACCAACUUAUGAGAAUAAACAAAAUUAUCAGAGGAUUAAUAAGAACGACCGACAAAAUGGAAAUUAUAAGAAUCAAAGCGCACAACGUUACAAUGUACCGAUUAAUGAGAAAAUCGAGUUCCAUCGAGCUGAUUUUGAAAAUUCUCUUCCUUAUUAUCAGUCUCAGCCGUCAACCAUUAUUAAGGUGCAAGAACCUGAAGUACUUGGAUAUACACGAGCAGAACUGGCAGCGAUGUAUAAAAACGCAUUGGACAAAGGCUCAACAGUCAGUUUGUCUUCCUUAACUAAUGCAGUCUCUUCCGGCGAGAUGCCUCAAGUUAUGCAGACUCAUGCGGAGUUUCCGGUCAACCAGCCUCUCUAUCAAUAUUACUUUUUUCCAUUAAAGACAUUCAUGUCAGAAUUCAAAAGAAAUCACGGGUACAAGACAAUCCCUGAACCUGCAUUUGAUAAUAAGGUUGCUGCACAAGUCACGCAAACCCAACUAUCACACCCACUUUUUGCAGCCAUAAGUACAUUUGUUACCAUGGCGAUUGUAUUCAUGAUGAGCGUGCUAUUUUUACCAAAACUUACUCAAUUAGAUAUAUUUCACGCGCGGAGUAUUCAAGACGAUUUCGUUUAUUUAUCGAAUAUCGUUAAAAACGCUAUCGAGCACUAUAACGUUUUAGAAAAAUGUUGAGAACCUCCGAGUCGAUUCCGUUCUAAUAUUGCCCCCAUGAACCUUAAAUUUCUAGAGUUAGUUAUUAGAUUAAUACCUGUAAAACUGAAAUGACACUUUAUGAUCUGAUAAAAUAUAUUUUAUAACAUAUGUAUAUUAUUUAAUUACAUUUGUUAUUAGUUGGAUAAAUUUUAACAAAAAAACAACACACAAUUAAACAAAACAAUCCUUAUUCAAUAACAUUAUAAUAUACUAAACUUUAUUCUUAGAAAAUGUAAUAUGUAAUGUCUUACAGUUUUCUUUUGUACAUAAAUAUUAAUAGAAUUGUAUAAAGUUAACUAAUAACUAGACGUACCGGGUGUUCAAUUACAGGUAGGUACCGUUUGAGAGGCGGUAGCUGGGGUGAUUUCGAAUAACUUUUUCCUUUACCGAAAAACCCCUACCAUCAAUCGGAGCUCAGAUACCGCGUAACGGAAAAAGUUGUUCAGAGUUACCCUAGCUACCGCCAACUCAAAGGAUGCCCAUCUGUAGCCAGACGCCUUGUGUAUUAAAUAAUACAACAUUAAUUGCUACUAUAAACAUCUACAAGUAUUGUGCAUUUUUGUAAUCAUAGUUUAGUAAUAAAACUAUAGACAUAUAAUUUAUUUUGAUCUAUUCAAGGGAAUGUAUACGUGUGCGAUUCUAUUUAAGAAUUAUCUAAAUUUGCAAUAAAGAAAUUAGGUAUUCUUGUAAAAGUAUAGCUAUAUAAAUGUUGUGAACUGUACAAUAUGAAGAAUAUAGAGAGGAAGGCACACUCUGGAGUAAUACCUGUAAGCUCUUUACUCAUAUUACAUGCUACCUACUUUUUUAGUCAGUCUGUCCGAUUAGCAGUGGAAAGAGAUGCUUGUUCUGCCGCUUCCCGUUUUAAUACUUGACGCCGAUGCUCGUAUUCAAAAUCUUCUUCGGUCAGAUUUAAUUUUCGAAUCUGUAAUAGGAUAUAUUCAAAUAUAUCCGAACAUAAGCAACAAUAUGACAAAAAAAAAAAAAAAAAA